CACCGAUUUUCGCGUUCCUCGGACAAGAUGGCGUCCGAAGAGGACUCCUCCAGCUCGAUCACUUUCAAAGGGACGCCUGUGACAGAACUUAAACUGAAUGAUAUUAAACGAGAGCUUGAGAGGCGAGGGUUAUCCAAAGCUGGAAGCAAAACUCAACUGAUUGAUCGAUUAAAAGCACAAUUGUUACUCGAGAAACUACAACAAGAUGCUGCUCAGUCCUCAGGAGAUGAGCUUAGUGAAGGAAAAGUACCAAACAUGGCGUUACAAGAUGACAAAGCAGGGCAGAAUGAAUUUGUGCGUCAGUAUCUUCAACAGCAGCAGAGAAAUUUGGAAAUUCAGAUGGAAGUGAAAAAACAAGUAGAAGAGGAGAGAAAACGAAAGUCCGCCGACGAAUCGUCAGCGGACGAAGCGAAUGUAACGAAAGACGAAGGCAAAGCGUCAGCUGCCCCGGAUGUGACGUCUCCGAAGAAGUUCAAGGACGAUUCUAGCAACGCACCUGCGAAAGAAGUACCUAAAAUGCCGAGGCCGGCACGAAAAAGCAGUCGCAACGCUUCUAAAGGCCUAAAUGAAAAUGGCCAAGAAGGGGAUGCAGUUACUAAAAAUCAGUCAAGAUCUCCAACACCCGAGGGUGAUAGAAUUAGGGAAAGAACACGGUCAGGCUCAUCUUCAAGCUCCAGGUCUCCGUCUCCUGAAAAAUCUACAAGAGGUCGUCGUGGUCGGCCUAGAAGAGGUAGGGCCAAGAAAAGCACAGGGAAACGCGGGGGCCACCAGACGAGAAAAGACUCUCCUUCGUCAUCACCCCCAUCAUCUCCGGGGGAGGUGAUGCCCAAAAAGAAGCAGAGGCGCAGCACCAACUCUAUCAGCUCCCGCUCUCGCUCCAGAUCUCCACAGAUGGUUUCUCCAGAAGCUCCGACAAGACGCUCAAGCAGAAGAGUUAGUGCUGCUCAGAAAUCUGCUUCUGAUCAGAGCACAAUGGAAGAGGUGCCUGAUGAUGGGGGUGGGGAUGGGUUGCCCAAUAAAACCGAUGAUGUGGAUAGUAGCAAGGGUCCCACUGCUGUAGCUGAAGCAGGUCCAGUUAAAGAUGCAGAGCCUGAGGCUGAGAGUAAAACUUCUGAAAAGAAUAUUGAUACUGUUGUCUCUGGUGCUGGUCAGGCAGUAGAGAAGUCGGGAACGGUGCAGCAAACAGCAGAGGAUGACGAUGACACAGACCCUGGUGGUUCUACACCACCGCCAGUGUUAAAACCAGCUGCUGAGGAAGAAACAGUGCAGACAAAGUCCGAGGAGAAAGCACCCGCGGGUCGUUUGUCUCGCUGGAGAUCCUCAAAAUCGAAAACAGGUGGUCAAGAAAAAGAUGAAGCCUCUGAGAAAAACUCGGAGCCAGUGUCAGGCCAGACUUUAGUGACAGAUGCUGGUGACUCCAGUUCUAAGAAAGGAGACUUUCCAGGUGUUGAACAAGGGAAGUCUGCCUCUGAACCAGCAGAAAAGCAAGUAGAAACGAGUAAAGACUCACCUGGUGAAUUAGAGUCUUUAAAGGACAGCUCUAAAAAAGCUAGCAAUAUUUCAGAAGCAAAACCAAAGAGGAGUCAGUCGUCUGAUUCCUCACGCUCAAAGUCUAGAUCCCCUUCUGCUCAGCGCAAGAGGUCAGUCUCACGGUCGCGGUCAAGGUCAAGUUCAUCAGGGUCAAGCACAGACACGGGUGCAAAUAAAACAGCAAGCUCUAGCUCUGUUGUUAAAAGGGAUUCUUCACCUAAGGGAUCAUCAAAGCCUGCAGCCACUGAUGAUGUGAUGGCAACGGUGGAGGAAAAGAGCGUCUCGAAGAAAGCUGAUACUCAAGAGGCAAGUGGAGAGUCUGCAUCUGUGACAACAGGUGAUGAUGUGACCAUGGAUACUGGAAAACCAAGCGCAAGUGUUGAUGACAAAGAUAUUGAAUCUACUGAAACGGCAUCCAAAAAUGAUGCUGAGAGUAAACCCUCUGAUGUCAAAGAAGAUGACGCAGUCAGUGUAGUUGUGACUGGUAAAGAAACAGACCAGGCUCAAGACACACCAGAGCAAGAGGACAAGUCAAAGAAGGAAAAGGGAGUAAAGAAAAGAAAAUGGGGAUCCAAGACUUCAAAAGCGGCAAAAACCACAAAGCGAACCACUAGCAUGGAGAUAUCUUCUGAUUCUCUCAAGGGUCUGAUUGGAGAAGUAAAGCUCACUGAAACAGUAUUUGACAUGGAGACGGAAGUUGUCAAUACGCUUGAUUAUGAACCUGAAGAAGACCGCAGGGACAUCAAGAUGAAAAGGACGAUAGUUCAGGAUUCGCCUGAGCAAAUGGAAGUAGACAAUGUGGAGGAUGAUGCGAGAACAGUGGAAGCCCGUGAGGAUGUGACCACAGUGGAAGAGACAGCACCCCCAGCAGACACAGAGAAGAAAAUUAUUAAAAUCACCUCUGCUGCUCCAAAGGAGGGAGGGAAAAAGCUCAAGGAGAUAAAGAAAGGAAAGAAAAAGAAAGAAGAAGAUGAGACGUUGAAAGAAGACAAAGCUGAAGGAAAGAAGGCAAUCUCAAAGGACAGCAAAGAGAGAAUAACAGCUACUACAAGGCCUGCGAAACCGCUAUUACCGGCUGUAGAUGAACCAGAGCCUGUUGGCACAGGUUCCCAGUCUCCAGCCAGAAAUCCUGUCGACAGAGUCAUUCGCAUUGCGUGUCUAGUGCGACCGUUCACUGUCAACCAGUUGAAGGAGCUCCUGAGAAGAAGCGGAGAGCUGGAUGAAGAAUACUUUUGGAUCAAUGAUAUAAAGUCGCAUUGUUUAGCAGCGUACAAAACCGAAGAGGAUGCUGUAAAAGCAAGAUCAUGUCUUCAUGGUACUAAAUGGCCCCAGUCAAAUCCAAAGAUCCUUGUAGUGGACUACGCUACCCUUGAAGAUGUGGAGCACAGAAAAGCUGAGGAUGCUGGUGUCCCCAUACCACCUAAAAAACAGGAGGAACAAAGAAAGCCAGUAGAAAAGAAAGAAGAUGAUGAGCGAAAGAAGGCUCGUGAACAGAGAGAAAAAGAAAGGGAAGAAAGGGACAAAGAAGCCCGAGAGAAAAGGGAGGGUGAUCGUCAGAGAAGACGAGAACUGGAGAAAAAGAAUCCAGUGAGAGAAUGGGACAGAGAUAAGAUCCAACAGCUUUCAAGAUCAAGAUCAAGAUCAAAGGAGGAUGAGCGCCCUCUGAGAAGAUCACGGUCUCGUUCCCGUGAUAGAGAAAGGCAGAAGAGAAGGGAGCAAAGCAGAGAAAAGAAAGAUGAAGACAGACGCAAAGAAAAGAAACAAAAAGAAACGAAAGCUGAAGAAGAACCUCCUGCCAAGUUAUUGGAUGACUUAUUCAGAAAAACAAAGGCAACCCCUUGUAUUUACUGGCUGCCUCUGACAGAAGAACAGGCUCUUCAGAGACAAGUAAAGAAACAGGAACAAGAAAAGGAGCGUCAAAAGAGAAGAGCUGCCUUGGAGGAAAAGGAGAAAGAAGAACAGAAGAAAAGGGAAGCUGCAAGGGAAGAGAGGCAACGAGAAAGGGAACGUGAGAGGGAGAAGGAGCGAGAGAAGGAGCGUGCCCGGAGUCGUGAUAGAGAGAGAGAAAGAGAUCGUGGACGGCAAGAGAGGGCCAGGUCCAGUGAAAGCAGAAGUCGGAGUAGAUCAAGAAGGAGAAGAUGAAGUACUUGAAAUAUGUUCAUUUCAGGUAUUUGUUGCAUUGGGAAUCGGGAUAUGAGUUGCACCAUAGAGUUAUGGACCCAGUGGGUUUCUUUUAAUCUCUUACUCAUUCUUAAGUUUUUCGGGAAGUGUCCCGAUUGUGAGAGUAACGUAGUGUAACAAUAGCUCAAAAUGGGUCUAUUCUAUGAGGCUCCCUCAAGGGAUGGAGUGAUUUUGUUAAAUGCUACAGUUGAUAAAUUAGCAUAAAAAGACUUCAUAAAAAAAAGCCAGAUGCUUUGGUGUUGUCGACACCAAAUGUAUUGCAUCAUGGUGAAAUCAGUCGUUUGUCAAAAUAAUGAAAUCGAAGAAACCAGAAUUUUUUUGCCUGUUGGGCAAUUCAUUUAAAACACUUUCUAUGUGGAUCUUAUGGCAGAAUGUUGAUUAGAGGGGAAAAAAGGAGAGAGUAUAUUUGCAAUUUCCAAGGAUACUCAAACUUGUGAAUUCACCAAACUUUGUUGGCUCUCUGUGUUGUGGCUAAUUUUACCCCUGACUUUAGGCGACAACACCCUUCAAUUAAAAAUAUCUUGAUGUUUGUUCAAGAGAGGCGAGUAUUUAAAAAAAAUCAAAAGCAAGACAAGUAAACGAAUGUUAAGAUGAUACCAAUAACUCUGUAUGCCCAAGUAUUGAUUGUCGCCUGAUUUCACGACGUGGUGACACUACUAAUGUGAUUUUUAGACCAAUAUUUUGCAUGACUACUUUGCUUUCAAUAAAGCGUCCAUGUUUCAAGUUUAAUAUUUUUGCUGCAAAGAGGCUAUGCAACUUGGCUUGAACUAAAUAUGAAUUUUUGGCAUUUCAUUGCAGCACAGUGCUACCAACCUCUGUCCUGUAACUUGUAAUUUGGAGAAAGUUGAACAGUGGCUUUCGGUUUAUUCAAAAUCAUGUAUUGUUCAGAAUUUUUGGAAGCUAUUGUCUGUUGAUGGAAGAAGAUGAAAUACUUGGAAGAACAGGAAGGCUUACAAAGAACACUCUAGUUUCGAUUCCUAUGCUUUUAAUCAUACUUAUGAUUUUAACAAUGACUCCAAGUUUCCUUUUUUAGGGUUAUAUUAUUUUUUAACGCAGUUUCUGAAUUUACCCUCUACAGACAAAAGUGUACCACAAGCUCAUGGUUCAUUCCCAGUCAGAAGCUGUACAUUGCCUGUAAAGGUGCAGGCAUAGAAUUCUGAGUGAGGAAUAUAUUUCUUGAGGAAAUUUAACUUAAGGGAGUUGAUGCAAAUGGUGAUUGUAGAAUUUAUUUAUAUUUGUAAUGUUUACCUUUGAAGAAGGGGAUGUGUUGCUGUCUGAAUGUAUGUUAUUAGUUUAUUGUUUUGAAUGUAAAAGAUUGUUAUAUAUUGUUGAAAAAGGAAACACAAAAGCUUAGGAUAGUUUUACAUUUGUUUUAUUGGAUCUCAGUACAUAAUAGUCUGCAGUGCUUCUUGCCAUGGGCUUUAGGGGAACAAACAUCAGUUGAUUUUUUAAAGUACAGCCUAAUCUCAAUAUGUCUGGGAACAUAUGUGCAAUGGCUCAUAUUGCUUGGCUCUGAAGGGUGGCAUUGAUUUAUUUAUAGAUCUGUUUUGUGAGUAAAAUGUUUGUGAUAUGUUCAUCUUCUGUGGCCAGUAGGAAAAGUCAUUUGAAAAAGGGGCCUUAUGAUGGGCAGGUUUUUAUGCAGUAGUACUUUGUAAAGUGAGUGAGUGGAGAAGUGAUGGGAGAGAUUGCCUGUUUUCUGAAAGUGUGAUGGAUCACUUUUAAUGUAUUUAUUUUUCAAUAAAUACCGAUGAAAUGCUC